GAUCUACUGUGCGUAACAUAACCUAUAUAUAUAGAGUUUGCAACAAGAAAUUAAUUAAGUAUCGAAUUGGAAUGCAACAUUAAUAAAUUAAUAUCGUAUUGAUAUAUAACAUUGUCUUCAAAUAUGAUAUCAACUGCUAGAGCUGUGCUUCAUGUUGAACGACAUAUAAGUUAUAAUAUUGUAGUCAAUGGAUUUCAUCAAUCUUGCGUACAAUAUAUAAAUCAGAAAUGGAGACAAAAACGUGGAUUAACAGCUAAUCCAAACACUUGUGGUCCUUUGACAAAUUUGCCAGAUUAUACAUUUAAAAAUGGAAAACCUACGCCUCUUGGAGUAAGACAAAAAGCACGCUUAGAUAAACAACGUGAUUAUGCGUCAAAAAUUAUUAAAUUAGUAGGAGAGAUAGAUUUUGCUGUUGACAGACAUGCUAGAAUGCAGGAAAAGGAAAAAGAAGAGAGACAAGAAAUCCUGAACAAUAAAUUGAAACCUAAAGGAGAUUUACUACUUCAAAUACAAGCAGAUACAAUAAAAAAGUAG